AUGAAAUUAGAAGCGAUAGCAGAAAUACACACUAAAAUCACAGCACUGAUGGCAAUAUACUCGGCAUGCCACGUAGCAACAAAGUUUAUCGCACGGAAUUUGAUAGGCCAAAACGUGAGUCGAAUGCCGGCCGCGAUGUUCUGCUACAUUUUCGUGCCGACCACCGCAAUGCUAUGCAUUCUACACCGUGGCGCAGCCGAGGCAUCCGGCAAAUUGCCGUUUUUCAGGCGCUCCAAAGUUCUCAUCUUCAGCAUUAUCGAGGUGAAUUUCGGCUAA